AUGGGCAAACAAGAGAUUCGUUACGCUGCCAAAGUGUCUUUAGACAAGCCUGCUGCUGAGCAAGAAUGUCUUCAUGCAAUUCCUUCGUAUGGUACUAUCAAGAACAACGAAGUCGUAAAGAUUGAAUGUGUGGACUGGACUGGAGGUCAGAUCGGCAACAAUGAUUCUGCAGAUGAUGUUCGGGACGUCGACCUAACAAAGAUCCACUACCUCACGGGCCCAUUCGACAUCGAGACGGCGGAGCCAGGAGACAUCCUCAUCGUCGAGAUCCAAGAUGUCCAGCCACUGCAAGACCAACCUUGGGGAUUCACAGGAAUUUUCUCAAAAGACAACGGAGGAGGUUUCCUCGACGAGAUCUACCCUAAGCCAGCCAAAGCUAUCUGGGACUUCGAAGGCGUAUUUUGUUCCUCACGUCACAUCCCCGGCGUUCGAUUUGCCGGUCUCAUCCAUCCCGGCAUCCUAGGCUGUGCACCAUCCCCUGAAGUUCUUUCCACCUGGAACAAACGCGAGGCCGAGCUUAUCAGCACACACUCGCAUCUUGACCGCGUCGUCGCCCAGCCUCCGAACCCACAGAAUGUGCAUGCAGGGUUAGCACCAGAGGACAUCAAGAAGAAGGUGGGCGAGGAGGGUGCACGUACCAUCCCUGGUCGUCCUGAGCACGGCGGCAAUUGUGAUAUCAAAAAUCUAUCCCGUGGGAGCAAAGUGUACCUGCCUGUGCAUGUUAAGGGUGCUAAGUUCAGUGUUGGAGAUUUGCACUUCUCUCAGGGUGAUGGCGAAAUAUCAUUUUGCGGCGCCAUCGAAAUGGCAGGCGUUAUUACCAUUAAGUUCACGGUCAUGAAGGGCGGAAUGGAACAACUCGGCAUGAAAUCGCCUAUCUACAUCCCAGGCCCCGUACAACCACAGUUCGGCCCAGGAAGGUACAUCUACUUCGAGGGGUUUUCCGUCGAUGAAAAUGGCAAACAACACUACCUCGAUGCUACUGUUGCGUAUCGACAGAACUGCCUGCGUGUCAUUGAGUAUCUGCGACGAUUCGGAUACAGCGAUUAUCAGAUCUACCUCCUGCUCAGUUGCGCGCCGAUCGAAGGCCACAUCGCAGGUAUCGUGGACAUUCCAAACGUGUGUACCACCAUAGGUCUGCCGGUGGAUAUCUUCGACUUCGACAUCAUGCCCCAUGUCAAGCCCGAGAAGAAGGACAUGGGCUCUUGCGCCUACGCGAGUAGUUAAGUUCGGCGUGAGGUCUUUGCCUUGUGCUUUUGAU